AUGUCGAUCGCCAAGGAUGAAGAUCGUAUCCCCCGAAAGGUACAUUGGUUCAGGAGCACGACAUUCCAGGUGCUCGUAGUCGGAGGCGUCUUCUUUUGCGUACGAGCUCCUUUUCAUUCAAUUGGUGGAUUCGCUGACAUUGAGUUGUUGCAGGCUCCUGGCAUGUACAAUGCACUCAGCGCGCUGGGUGCCGGAGGUCUAGCCACUCCAUGGUAUGCCAAUGCUACUGCUGCCGCAGGUUACGUCUUCAUGGCGUUCAUGUGCAUCGUUGGUGGGAUUAUAGUCGGGAAGAUCGGAGUACGCAUGUCUCUUCUGAUUUCGAGCACAGGCGACAUCGUGUACGCAGGAAGCUUGUAUCUCAAUUCCAAGCACGGCACGCAAUGGUUCUUGAUGUUCGGCUCGAUUUUGUCGGGACUCACAGACGGCUUGAUGUAUGCAGUGGAAGGACCCAUUAUCACUUCCUACCCAGAGCCCGACCGCCGCGGCCGCAUGCUCGCGCUCUGGGUCGCCCUGCGCAACGCAGCGCCAGUCAUCGGCGGCGCGAUCAUCUUCGGCAUAAACUCCUCCAUAAACGCGUCGGGCGCAGUGUCCCUGGACACCUACCUUGCGAUCAUCGGCAUCAUGUGUGCGGGCCCGUUCAUCGCGCUCUUGCUCAGCCACCCGCGCCACGUCCAGCGCAGAGACGGCGCGGCGAUCGUGUUGAGGGAGACGGGGUGGCUAGUCGCUUUGGCCGAGUGGUGGUCCGUGGUUGCGUCGCGGAAUAUGCUCCUGCUGUGUCCCCUCUUCUUCACGUCGUGGUUCUACGGCUCCUACAUAGGGACUUUGCAGACACAGUACUUCAACGUGCGCACGCGGGCGCUCUGCGCGUUCGUCAUUCCGAUGGGCGACAUCGCAGGCGGAUUCAUCGUUGGGUACUUCCUCGACAACACGCGCAUGUCCAUAAAGCAAAAAGCGCGGGCGGGCUUCGCCGUGCUCAUGACGUGCAACCUCGCUUUAUGGAUAUGGACUGCGGUUGUUACGCAGCAAUUGGAGAAUUCGAGGCCCGUCAUAGACUGGACGUCCCCCUUGUUUGGGCGCACGUUCACGCUGUUCCUCCUCUUCGACGUGGUGACGAUGGCGACGCAGACCGCCCUCUUCUGGAUCAUCGGACAAAUGUCGAACGACUUCGUCGUGCUGUCGUAUAUGACGGGGACGCUGCGCGGCGUCGAGUGCGCGGGGCAGGCUGUCGCGUAUGGCAUCAAGUCGAGCGAUACGACCGACUGGCUGUCCAUCGGGUUCAACGUCGGGCUAUUUGUUCUGGCUAUCCCCUUCGCGUGGGCGGUCAUUCGGAAGAUUGGUGUGGAAUCGUUCGAGGAGGGCGAGCUGGAUGCGGGGAGCACGGACGGGAAGAGGGAGGCACCAGACAGCAAGGAGGAAUUGGCCUGA